AACAGGUAGACAUGAUAAAAUUCCCCAAGCUGACAGAAUUUGCAAAAAGUGCCAUUCUGGUGAAAUAGAAGAUGAAAUCCAUUUCCUAGUGUCAUGCCCCCUUUAUACAGACCUUCGAUAUGAUCUUUAUUCAAUAUACAAAAAACAACAUAGUCACUUUGAGCACCUUACCAGAAUGGAUAAAUUUAAAACACUAAUGACUGGUAAGAAGAACGAACACAUUAAUGCUCUUGCCAAGUAUUUAUGGUUAGCCUUCCAAAAAAGGGACUGUGCUGCACCCAUAACCAGUUGAGUAGGUAGAGCCAUUUGGGCUCUGCCAAAUAUGUUUUGUAUUUUUCAUACAAGGAGUCAUACAAUAUCACUAUUGAUCAUAAUUCAUAUUUAUAUAUAUUUGCAUUCCUUUGUACGUUUUCAUCUAUUCAUGUAGAUGCAUACGUUACAAUGAAUAAAGUUUAAAGUUUUAUGCUGUUCCGUUCCUGCGUCGUGUGUUCCACAGUAACAAUGUUCCGCAUUUUAGUCUGUUCCGUUGUUCCGCUGUUCCGUGUUUUAGGUACGUCCUUCCAUAAAUUCAACAAAUCAUCCACAUUCAAAUCUGACUUGUAAAGAAACUAUGCCCAGUACAAGUUUUAUCUAUACGUUACACAUGCACAUGCAAUUUGGGCAUGUUUACCAUCAAAUCAUGCUCAUUUGUGUUUGAUAUCCCACUUGUCUCUGUGUCCCCAGCCACCCUGUCCUUGGUGUCAUCCAGAUCUUACCACUCCAAGUCUCUCCAAGUGACACAAGCAGACAUGAAGGUACUCCUGGUCCCCGCGCUGUCGGACAACUACAUGUAUCUCCUGGUGGACGAGGUGACACAGGAAUGUGCCGCUGUGGACCCUGUAGAACCUAAGAAGAUAUUAGAAGCUGUACAAAAGGCAGGUGUCAAACUGACCUCUGUUCUGACCACACACCACCACUGGGAUCAUGCAGGGGGAAAUGAGGAGCUGGUGAAAAUAGCCAGUGGUAAGCUAACAGUAUAUGGAGGAGACAGCAGGAUAGGGGCACUGACCAAUAAAGUCACGCAUGGAGACAAGUUUCAGAUAGGAAACCUGAAUGUGGAAUGUCUCUUCACUCCAUGUCACACCUCUGGACAUAUCUGCUAUUUUGUCACUGGACCAAGUGGGACUGAGCCUGCUGUCUUCACAGGUGACACCCUGUUUGUAGCUGGCUGUGGUAAAUUCUUUGAAGGGACUGCUCAGGAAAUGCACCAUGCUUUGGUGGAAACACUGGCAAAGCUGCCCCCUGAAACAAAAGUCUACUGUGGCCACGAGUACACAGUCAGCAACUUGAAGUUUGCCCUGCAUGUGGAACCCAACAGUGAAGCAGUGAACUCUAAAAUGGCCUGGGCACAGAGCCAGAGAAGCAAAAAUGAACCAACAAUUCCAUCAACAAUUGCAGAAGAACUCCAGUAUAAUCCAUUCAUGAGAGUAACGGAGUCAAGUGUACAGCAGCAUGCUAAGAAGUCAGACUCUGUGGAAGUGAUGGGUUUUCUUAGACGUGAGAAAGACAACUUCAAGGGAAAGUGAUCAGGACGGUAGCCAUCAAUGCAGUCACAGCCUUCAGCUUUCAGGAGGCUACUUCUAUGGAGAGAGAGAGAGAGGGAGAUGGAGAGGGCAUGAGAGUCUGGCAUUUUGAGGCAGUCCUCUCCUACUAAGCCAAAUUAUGGAUAUUGUGUAACCCUAUUUGCUUAGGAUUGUUUUUCAUUUUUAAGUCCAAUGAACCACAGUUUGAAGAUAUUAGUACAAGUGAAAAGAGAGAGAGAUAUAUAGAGUUGGCAGGUUCUACUGACUUAAGCUAAUAAUAUCACCUUUGACAUUAGUUAGGAGAUCUGUGAUAAAUAACCUUAAAUGAGGACAUUUGUAACUAGGAAUUCUUAAAUACAAGGUGACUUUUGAUUUCCAGAUAUUUAUAGUUUUAUAAGUAAGUCACUCAUGCAGUCAUAACCCUUUGGGUUUUACUCAUCAAGUUUACACUUAAGUGGACUUUAAAGUAUUUCUUUGAAUUUAGACGUCUGCAAGAAAAAUAUGAGAGUAAUGGGCAAGGUGAUUUAUGUAUUUGUCUUAUUUAAUCCAGAUAUAAACAAACAUUGAUAUAAUUGGGUAAUCUUUUAUAUAUGGUAGUGGAAAAAAGUUCCUAUUCAUCUCAUAAUUUUCCCUGGUAAAUAAGCUAUUUUCUCAUACUCGCAGUACAUUUAUCUAACCCCUCUCUGCACUUGGAUUUUACUUUUGAUAAAAUUUAUAUAGGCUGAUUUAAGUGAAAAUGACUGGCCAGUUAUACUAACAGCAACCAUUUUCCUAUUAGCUCCAAUGGAAAUAUCAACAUCAGGUAGGCUGCAGAUAAUAAAAAUAAAUAAAUAAAUAAUUUGAGGGGUGAAAUCAUUUUUAAAUUGUAUGUAAGUUUUUUAAAGAAGCUGCAGAUGGCAGAAAUGAUUAUAUAAGCAUUUGGGGUGUUUUCAAACCCAUGGUGUGUACCUUUAACUUGGAUGGUUGUACCAGGGUCAGGAUGGUUCUAGAA